AUGACAUGUUGGACGUCAAAAAAAAAGUCGUUAAGACUCUUCACUGAUAACAAGAAAGUGUUUUUCGCAGACUCCCCGGCCGCAUGUCUUCCAUAUCAGAACAACACUGUUUUGUACGCGUAUUCAAAUGAUAUCGACUAUAACACAUUUUAUGUAAAUUCCUUUAAUUUUAUCCUAUAUGCUCGUUUGUAUGGAACAAUGGCAAAUGUUCGAUUCGAUACAAAACAGGAAGAGGAGAUUGAAUAUCACACGGACGCAGGAAGUUUAGAUAAUUCUUUAAAUUCCCAUCAACCUGAUCCAACACUUGGUUACGGAGACACUACGACUGGAAGUAACUUGUACAAUGUGUUGAAGAAGUUUCUCAACAAUAAGAAAGCUUCAAUAUGCGGAUCCCUAGUGUUUAUAUUGGUGAAACGGUAUCCAGAUGAGUCGGAUGUAUCGGACAUAAUCAGCCAACUACGAGCAAAUCAUGUGAUGGCGUACAUUGGUGUGGACAGUAACCCAUCGGGCGGUACCAACUCUGCAACACUGUACAAAAUGUCACUUCAAACAAAUGGAUACUGUGCUUUUGCAAUGAAUAUUGGUGAUGCGUUUUCCUACAUGACAUCGAUACUUGCUACUCCUUACCAAUUCAUUGCUCAAAACUUUGUGGUUUCUGGAUCGGGUCGAAUCGAAAUACCGACAUUCAAAACUCCAAUUCCAGUGGGUACACGUGCAAGGGGGGAUCUUGCAAUAACUGUUCAGAAUCACACACUUGAUAAUUCAUUCGUAUCCCUAAACUAUACCAUUGCGAGUACCGAUGGAUCUUUUAUUCAUGAAGUUGGGCCUCUUUUUGGGACUGCACGGUUUGAUAAUAAUAUUCAUUUCAACGGAUCCCUCUCAUACAAAUGGACAAUUGACUAUGAUUAUAACACGGAUGCACCACAAAUCAUUCAAUUAAGAAUGUACAGUCGAUUCUAUCACGACUUUCUACCACUGCCAGAUGUCUAA